GAGGAGGAGGGCGAGGAGGGGGCGGCAGGAGAUGAGCGGGUGGUGUGGUUGCGUGGACCGUCGCAACUCCCGCGACGUCCGAUACCUCUAGCGAGACGCCCGAUGAUUCGGCCACUAGAGCCUAAGGGGUGGUUUUUUGUGCAGCCUGGUGAGCAUAAACGGAAGCCCAAUGGUAUCUUGGGUCUUUUGUGCCGGCUGCACUUCCCCGGGCUCAUGAUGCAUGCCGGGGUGCUGGAGCCGGCAUACACGUGGGACCACUACAUGGCCUGCCCGGACGCUACUGAUCGCGAAGGAAGGAACUUCAACACCAAAGCGAGGCGGGUGGUCGGGGAGUUUUGGGAUUUCUACAGGUGCGAGGAAGGCUAUGAGGCCCGGGCGAACGAGCUGGCUCACCAGGCUUGCUACAAGCUGGUGAAGGACAUGCACUACGAGGCGCGUGUCCAGGCCGUCGUUGUGUACUGCGCCGAGUUCGAGAAGAGGAGUGUCAAGAAACCAGCCGCAAGGGACAUCUUCCUCACGCGAGACCAGUACUUAAGGGUGCCUCCGAACUGGUGCACAAACAAGGCCGAGUGCUGGUCUAUGAUGGUGGACAAGUGGAUCAGCGAGGAUUGGGCCCGCCAGCACGCCUUAUGCCGGGAGCGCCGCAUGAUGAUGCCGGGUCCGGCACAUCAUCAAGGGAGCCUUAGCCUCGGCGAGUACAAGAAUACUUGGUCGGAGUCUCAUCCAGGCCAGUCUUGCAACAACUUCACGGCGUACGCCAUGUCUCACAUGGGCAGGGCGACGUCGGACGUGGCCUACAACCUGGCGGCUCCACCAGAGGCCUACACAAACCCAAGCAUCCACGCGUGCAUCAAUGCGUACACGGAGGUGGGAAGGGCACUCCACGGGGAGACUUUGGAUCCGACCACCGCGCCACUCUCCGGAGAAGCCAUCAUGAGGGCGGGACAAGGGAAGAAGCACGGGCGGUACUUGAUCGCCAACAGCUUGGUCGACACGGCGAGUACGCCCAGUCUCUCGCAGCUUAGGGCAAGUACCACCGACUCGACCCCGCCCAUUCGCCCACGGCCUGAGACUUCAGUGGCCAGUGUGCACCAGAGAUAGGCCGAGAUGGAGGCAAAGUUUGAGGAGGAGAGGAGGUGCCGACUGGAGAUCGAGGCCAAGCUGGAGCAGGAGCGGAAGCUGAGGGAGGAGCAGUCGGUUAUGUUGCAAAGCAUGGUCACCUGGAUGCAAGGACUUGGCGCGUCGAUGAACUAUGCGACACCGCCUCCUCCCUUCGUCUUACCAGCUCAGCCUUACUUUCCUGCAGGACCUUCUGACACUCCAUCGUGGAACGCAUCGAACGACCCUCCUCCGGACCAGAACUCGCCGGCCGCCCAGUGGCCAACUUGGCCCCACAGACCUGAGCAGUGAGUGCCUUGUAGUACUAGUGUAUUGGACUUAUUAUAUGUAUCGGACUAUAUUCUAUUUUAUGGACUAGUGUUAUGUAUCGGACUUGUGACAUAUGUGGACUAUAUUCUAUGUGAUGGACUUGUGUUAUGUAUCGGACUCGUGUUAUGUAUCGGACUCGUGUUAUGUAUUGGACUUGUGAUAUAUGUGAUGGACUGUGUUAUUUGUAUCGAUGCCAUUCUCGUC